GUCUAGCGACCACAGGCGCCCCUCACGAGGAGAGGAUGAAUACACUUACGCGGAGGAGAGUGAGGAAGAGGCGCCCUUGGAGGAGCGCCACAUCGAGCCGGAGGAGCCCCCUAAGCGGGAAGUGAAACAGGAGGAGAGAGGCCACGAGAGGACCCGGUACUUGCCCUCUGGGUCCGCCAUUGUCUACAAGGACCCGGACGCGGCAGCCGAUCCUCAACCUCAGGUGGCCGUGCUGGUAAAAGAUACCGUGCCGGGGUGCUAUUUCCAGGCCGCUUGGCUGAGCCGACAUGCGGUGAAAGCCGUCGAAGCUGGCGAGGAGAUGUGCCUCCAAGAAGAAGAAGGAGCGCAUCCUGGCAAAGGUCGGGGCGCACACGAUCCUCCCGAGGAGGCUGGUCGGGCCGAAGGGGUCCAUCGUGGCGGAAGGGCGUCUGAGCGCCUUCAAAAGGUGUGGAGUGACCUGAAGGGUGUCAUUUGCGCCAGGAACGGCGCCACCCAAUACAGGUGGGGCUGCCGAUACCCGGAGGGAUGCUGCUGGGGUUGGAACGCAUGGCCGGCGAGCAAGCUCAUCCUCACUGGUUCCGGUGGUCAACCCUCUGAUGAAGGUGAAGCUGGAAGUCAUCGAUGUGGAGGAGGAAUCGAAGAAAAAGAAGGAGCAACACGACAAAUCAGCGGGGGAGGCUUUAGCAGCCGCUGCAACUUCACAGAGCGGGGCUGUGAAGGAGAACAAGAAGAAGUGACGCAGGUCGUCGGGCCACUCAAGGAGUCGGAGGAGAAGGAGAAAGAAAAGGCGCAGCUCCAGCGAGGAUUCGAGGAGCCAGUCCAGUGGGAGCAACAGCUCGAGCGACGACAGCCUUCUUCCUCCGCUCAAGCGGAAGUCGCUGAAGUCGCCGGGAGUGGUGCUCAAGAUGUUGGAAGAACAUGCUUGCGAGAGGCUGGCACACGAUGCGACUCUGGGGGACGGCCAGGCCGAGAGCACGAGCUCUCUGGGGAAGGGCACGGUUCAUGCCUUGUCAGCUUGGCCCCAACCCAAGUCGCGAGACAGCAAGGAGAGCUUUUCCUGCUGGCGAGGAUGGGGUACGGCAAAGUCACGGAGGUGCUGGACGAAGGGGACGAGUCCAGUGCACUUCCAAACGUCCUCUUAGCAGCCCAGCAGCAUUCUCAACUGGUGGAGAAGGGCCAGUUCAAAUCUCUGGUCAGCGGUGGCUUGGGAACAGCUCGCCGGUUCUAA